AUGUACGGAGACCUGGGUAACAAGCUGGUCCAACAUGCCAAACGGACACAGAACCUGGCGCACCUGCCGCCCUACCAGACCGAGAUCGUCCGCGCUGUGACGCGUGAAGUCCGCGACCUUGACAAGGAUGUUGCCCAACUCCUGGAACCGUUCCAGGGCAACUUCGACCCGUCCGUCGAACAGGCCACGGCCUGCGCGCUGCUCGUUGACCAUUUGGCCAUGCGCCGCAACAAACGCUGUCUCCUCGCUUACCACCGGACACGCACCGACAAGCUCGAGGAGCUCGUGUGGAAGGGCUCCGACGUGGUCGACUUGUCGGUGCAGCAGGUGCGCGACGCCAGCGGCAGUGCUGGAGCGGGCGGCGGCGGCGGCGCAGGCUACAGAGCGGGUGGGGGAUCUGGUGGUGCUGGUGGCGCGGGCGACAACGGCCUCUCGUCCGAGGCGAGCAACACCAGCAGCAGCCUGAGCCCGCAGGAGGAAGACUAUGUGCGCCAGUACUCGGACCUGCUGGCGGCGUACAAGGGCCAGUGGACAGACAUCGAUUUGACCGGUAGCCUGGAGCCGCCACGGGACUUGUUUAUCGAUGUGCGCGUCCUCAAAGACGCGGGCGAGAUCCAGACAGAAUACGGAUCCAUCACACUGAGCCGCAACAGCCAGUUUUACGUUCGCCAGGGCGAUGUCGAGCGGCUGAUUGCCCAGGGAUACCUUCAGAAACUGGGAUGA